AUGGACGCUCGUCUCCGCCGCGUGAACAAAGAAAUUGCAGACUGCAAGAACGACAAAUCGUCCAGUGUCAAUAUUGAGCUCGUGGACAAUUCGCCGUUUCAUCUGAUAGGUGAAUUCAAGGGUCCGGAAGGAACACCCUAUGAGGGUGGUCACUUUCAAGUGGAUAUCAUAAUCCCCGAUUCAUAUCCUUUCCAGCCCGUGAAGAUGAAGUUUAUCACGAAAAUCUACCAUCCGAAUGUUUCAUCGGCAUCCGGCGCGAUCUGUCUCGACAUCCUGAAGGACGCAUGGAGUCCCGUCCUCACGCUCAAAUCUACACUCAUCUCGCUGCAAUCCCUCCUUUGCUCACCAGAACCGCGAGACCCGCAGGACGCAGAGGUGGCAAAACAUUAUAUGACAAGCAAGAGCAGCUUCGAGGAGACAGCGCGAUACUGGACUUAUGAACACGCAGGUGGACCAUUACCAGAGAAUAUGAAGGGGAAGGCGGGUACCGUGCGAGACCCAAUCGCCCUGGCGGGACUGAAUAAGGCCCAUGUUGAGCAAUUUGCAGACUUGGGCUUUGAAAAGAGCAAGGUUAUCGAUGUGUUAAGACGGCUCAAUUACCGCGGCGCAAAUGUGGCACAGAUUGGGGACGAUAGAGUGGUAGAAGAGCUAUUGAAGUCAUGA